AUGGGAUGCAGCGACCUCGCCACUGGUCGAAGGCUGCCUGCACUUUUUCAGCAGGAGAAGACACAUCACGCGAUAAACAUCAAGCUGUCAGCAUGCCUAUGUACCUGGGAUUCCCCAACAACGGGAAUAAGAGCCCUCCUCAGCCGUGGAAUCGAACUCAUCCGCGCCAAACCAAGUGAGGUCACUGUUGUUUCCAAAGUUGAUAUCACCCAGUUGCCUCUUACUUUGCAAACCUCCCAGCCUUCAUGGAAGCCACCACCUCUCGCAACACUCACGUGGUGUGUCCCCCGCCAACUCAAGGCAAACCCUCUGGUCUCCCCCGCCCAGGACACUAUCAACCUUAAGGCCAUUGGUUCCUUCUUCCUGAUCAAACGCAUCUUUUCCUCCUCCUUCUGUACUCACACCUACCCUGCCUUCUUGGACAACGAUCACACUAUUCCAUAUGAGGAUUUUCCAAUCAGUUUGACACCGAAGUCUGUCUGGAGGUGUCACGAUCAGAGAGGUUACAACAAAUAG